AGUCUUACAUUUACAUUUACAUUGCUGACUCAUUCCCAUUCCAAUCACACUUUGCUUCGCCAAUAAGAAAAACACCAAAAACACAAAAACAAAAACAAAAGCUCAAAAUCACAGUCUCAAAUUGACUCACCUCCUUCUUCUUCUUCUUCUUCUCAAAAUAUCAUAGCCAUGGCCACACCAUCGGCUUCUUCGUCAUCGUCUUCCAACAUCAUGCUCGCAAUCUUCGAGAAGAAAACCACUUCCGUCGAGCUCUACCGGCCUCUCCGCAACUACAUCGCUUUCAAUUACUCCGAGCGCGAAGCUCAGAACCUCGAGGACGAUCUCCAAACCCUAAAGCAGUACCGCGCCGAUUUGGAGCGCAUGCCCGACCCGACUCCCACCGCCCGUCGCGACCUCCUCCAGAAUUACUUCAAAGCCCUCUGCCUCGUCGAGACUCGCUUCCCGAUCUCUCCCGAUAAGGACCACGUCAACACCGUCACCUUCACGUGGUUCGACGCGUUCAAGCCGAAGCAGAAGGCGGCGCAACAGAACAUUCAUCUGGAGAAGGCGGCGGUGCUGUUCAAUUUGGGGGCGGUGUACAGUCAGAUUGGGCUGACUUACGAUCGCGCCACCGUGGACGGGCGGAGAUUGGCUUCGCACGCGUUUAUCGCGGCGGCCGGGGCGUUUGCGUAUUUGAGGGAUAAUGCGGCGACCAAAGCUGCGAUUGGAGGCGGCGCCACCGUGGACGUGGGGGUGGAAUGCGCCGGGAUGCUCGAAAGGUUGAUGCUUGCGCAAGCGCAGGAGUCUGUGUUUGAGAAUACUAUUGCGAAAGGGAGCACACCGGGGGUCUGUGCUAAGAUCUCCAGGCAGGUUGGGUUGUACUACGAGGAAGCUUUGGCAGCACUGAAUGUUGCACCUCUGAACCAGCAUUUUGACAAGGGCUGGAUAUCUCAUGUGCAACUAAAGGCGGUUCUAUUUUAUGCAGAAGCUUGCUAUAGGUACAGUUUAGAGCUACACGAGAAAGAAGAGAUUGCUGAGGAAAUUGCACGGUUGAGGAGUGCAGUUAGUGCUAUAACGGAGUCAAAGAAAUCUGCAAAGGGGGCUCCAGCACAACUUCUGGAUGCAAUUAGCAAGUUAGAGGUCAAUAUUAAUCGGAACCUAGAGAGGGCCAUGAAAGAGAAUGACAGAGUUUACCUCAUGAGGGUUCCUUCCCCCAGUUCCCUACCACCUCUUCCAGCAUUCUCCAUGGUUAAGUCAAUGGCAAUGAGUGAGGUAUUGGAUGCGAGCAAGGAGAAGAUGUUUGCAAGCCUUGUUCCUGACAGCAGUGCAAAGGCACUUUCUAGGUAUACUGAAAUGGUUGAUGAUGUUAUCAGAACACAAGCUGAAAAAUUACAACAAGCCAGUGAGUUAACCCGAGUAAGGCUCAAAGAGAUGGACCUUCCUGAUUCCAUUCUAGCUUUAGAAGGGAAUUUCACUCUCCCAACGGAGCUCAAAGAAGAUGUGGAGGCAGUGCAGAUAAGUGGGGGCCCCGCUGGUUUGGAAGCAGAGUUACAGCAACUUAGGGAUCUGAGGAGGGUUAACCAGGAAAUGCUGGUCCAGAUAGAGGAGCUUUUGCAGAAAGAGGCAAGAGAAGAUGCUCAAUUUAGAGGCCAAUUUGGAACACGGUGGACUAGACCUCAGUCCAGCACUCUAACAAAAAACUUACAGGAUAGGUUGAAUAGAUUUGCAGCUAACUUGAAGCAAGCUGCAGAAAGUGAUGGCCGGAUUGAGCGUUCUGUGAGAGAACAUUCAGCACUCAUGUCAAUCCUUGAUCGCCGUCCAAUUGAAUCAGCCCUCCCAAGUUUGGCAAGGCCAAUAAUGUCUCUGGAUGCCAAUGAGGAUGCUGUUGUGGGUGCUCUGAAGCAGAGCUUGAGGCAAUUAGAAACUCUUGGUGCACAGCGGGCUGGUCUUGAAGACAUGCUUAAAGAGAUGAAAAGAAAGGACGAUAUACUACCAAAGUUGAUGACAUCAACUGGCUCCUAUGAGGAUCUUUUCAGGAAGGAGAUAUCAAAAUAUGAUCGCAUUAGUGAAGAUAUUGCCCACAAUAUUGAGGCACAAGAACAACUGUUGCUGCAAAUCCAGGCUCAGAAUGAUGAUUUUUCAGCCAUCUUUAAUCUUGAAGAUUAUAAAGCAUCUCGUGAGAAAUGUUACAAGCAGAUUCAAGCUGCCAUAGCAAAGUUCCGAGAGAUUAAGGAGAACAUCAAUGAGGGACUGAAAUUUUAUGUUACUCUACAGGAUGCAAUCACAAAUGUAAAGCAGCAAUGCAACGAUUUUGUCAUGACCAGAAACAUCCAGUGCCGGGAAAUGACUGAAGAUGUGCAAAGACAAAUGGCGGGCCUCAAUUUCCAGGAUAAUAAAAACGCAGGUGCUUACAACAACUACCCUUUAGUUGGACAUCAGAAUCAAAGAUCCAAUUCACAACAGCAAGCAGAUUCUCGGCCACAAGCACCUUACUAUCAGCCACCGGAGCAGCCUACAAUGCCUGGGUAUGGUCCCCCACCUCCCGCUUAUAGCUCGCCACAGGUGCCUUCUCCUUACCAUGUUCCACCUACUUCUGUUCCAUAUCCACAUCCUCAGGCCCAACAACAGCAGUCACAUGCAAGCCAUGAGUAUGGCCAACCUGCUUAUCCGGGGUGGCGAGGCCCAUACUACAAUGCCCAUGCACAACAAUCUGGAUCUCAUCCUCGGCCUCCUUACACCAUCCCAGCUCCAUACCCUCCUCCUCACCAAAGUGGCUACUAUAAGCAACAAUAGUGUAGCUGUGUAGCAUCUAUCCAUUUUGGCUAUAUAAUUUGAUUGCUUUUGAUAUGUAAUCUGUCACUUUGUUCCAUCCUUGGUUAAAUGGAUUGGAUUUAGCUAGAUCUUAUUUAUGAUCGUAUAGCCUCUUGAUAAUCUGUAUGCUGGUUUGCCUAAUGCUUUGUAUGUGAAUUGCAUAGCUUGUACAAGGAUUUUUCUAUGUAUAGCUUUUAAAUUAUGUUGAGAUUUACCGAAAUGAUACUAAUUUGAUAAAUAAAAAUCAUCUAUUUCACCUUUUGUGUUCCA